AUGAAGCAUGUUGAAGCAUUCGAUAAGUUGCAAGCAGAGGUGCUCGCACUGAAGGAAGAAAACAAAGUUCUCAAGAAGGAUAACGCUGUGCUCAAACGCGUCAACACAAGAUCGAAGAACCACAAAGCAAAGAUCAGCAAGUCUAAGCAAGGCACGAAAGUCUUGUGGCAGCAGAAAAAGUCCAGAACAACAAACGCCGCAGCCAAAAAACUGCUCAAGGAGAACGAAAAGUACAAAUUGCUCAUCGAGGAAAAAGACCAGCAACUCGAGGAAAAAGAUCAACAGUACAACGCGUUACUGGAGGAAGACGACGAGGAGCGUAGAGACUUAUCUGACCAGAAUCUCAAAUUCAAGCAAGAGGUUGCGUCUUCCUCCAGGCUGGACAACCAGAUAUCAGAUGAAACAUUUCAUGAAGUCAUGAGCUGUGCUUUUGUGGCCAUCAAAGAAUGCUUUUACAACGUUCUCCGCAAACAAGGAUUCAAUGUUGUACCCAGCCCCGCAUAUUGGCAAGAAUACCUUGACAAAUACCUGCCCGACAACAAAGACAACACCAAGGAGGUGAAAAUGAAUCUCUGCAUUCUGGCAGUGUCCCUGGUUCUUGUCGAUGUUGUGAACUCAGAGAUGGUAUUCGGCUGGCCCCACAACAAACUAGUUAGGGCAGCCACGAAGUGCUAUCAAAAGAUCCCUGAACCUAGAGAUCCAGAGAAGCGAAAGAAGAUCAAACAAUGGCUUUCACUCACCAACGAAGUUCUCACCGACAAUGGCCAAGGCUCGAUGAAUACUGCAAAAGAGUUGGUAUUGAAGUUUCUCCUGGACGAAUCCCAAAGGAUCAUUGAAAUCUUGACUGAUCUCAAGAUCAAUGAAAGCAUUCGUGGAGAGCUCUCGGAUGCUCUGGAACCGCUCCUGCAGACCGUUUGUAUGCUGGAUUACCAAAAAUGGCAAUUCAGCUUCGACCUAGUUUCGGCAAUGGGCAAAGGAGAGCGGAGCCUCUUUGACCCUUCAGAGAUGGAGGGCAUGUUUGCCGAGAAGGCAGGAUGGGUCAAGGCGUCUCUGUUUCCACAACUUUGCCGACUGGAGCAGGAUGACCAAGAGAACCAGAAGCGUACCGUUGUUUGCAAAGCCAGGGUCACGGUCAUGAGUACUUUGCCUAUCAUGACGAAUGCCAUUGGACAAGACACCAAGAUGUCGGAGGACAUCAAAGAUGGACCUGAACCUGGCUUUACGGCAACGGUAGACAAGAACUCAGAGAUCGAGAAGCCAUCAGAGCCUCACAGUCAAGACCAAGACCAAGACAAGACUGUAGAAGGAGACCUUGGUAAGCCUAUGAACGAAGAUGCAAUGGUCGAUGCACUCAGAGCAGGAAGCGGUGUCUACAUCGAUCUGUGCGAGACUCCUGAGAGAAGCUUUCCAGAAAAGAGCAUCCCCGACUCCUUUGAUCGAGCUGAGGAAGAGACGAUGGACCAGAGCAGAGCAGGCGAAGAGCAGCGGCGUCGCAUCAAGACAGCAUGUGUAUCAUCACGAGCAAAGAAGAGCGAGUCGGUCGCAGCUGGGACGAGCCAGCAAGACAUGUAUCAAAUUACCAUGCCGGGCCAGCUAGACGGACCUCUCCACUCCCCAGAAACCGUCGUCGAUACAGCAACUACGGCAACGAUUAUCGUUCGAGCGACACUUCUGUCCGCUACGUCUACCGCUCGAGCCAGCCUUCAGUCAGCUACCCUCACCGCGACAUUCGAGUGGUCGAGCGAUGAUUGCAUCAUUGGUGGCUCAAGAGCAACGAAGAAUUGUAUAUGA